AUGGCUUCCCGUUGCCACGACAGGUCCUGGCUUGUCAUCGACGAUCUUAUAUAUCGAGGUAGUGGUAUACGCCAUUGUCCCGCCAACUCUAUUGAUCUUCCCCUCGACCUCAAUCCAGUCUCCCUUCCGAGCAGAAGACGCGUACGAGAUGUGUAUAUCGGUGCUUACGCCCGUCUUUUCGCGGAGGUCGUAGGAAGCAAUGGCGAGGCCUCCCAUCCAGUCGACGAGACAGGCGGACACUACGCCGUGGAUGCCUCCGUGGGAGUUUACAUGGUUCUCAGUCAGCUGAAGACGAGCCCGAACAAGGCCUUUAGAGGCAGACGUCAAGGAGAUAUCAGAAAGGAGGAAUUGGUAGAUGGGGCUUUGCGGUUUCCUGCCGGCCCAAAAGCGCUCCACGUGGGCCAAGAUGACGGGAUCUGCCACUUCUGUAGACAUUUAGAACGGAGUAAGGAGCACACGGCUAUACCGAAUACCUCAGAAAUAAUACAGAAUGCGCAAUUUACUGCGCAAGCCCUGACGAAUCGCGCGUUGCACUUCUUGGCAACGGCUAGCAAUGAAUCCCUCGGGGCGUGUCUGGUAGGAUUGGGCGCAACGACAUACUUAGUACUGGGGAGGGUAGGGUUGGUGCUCAUUGGAGUCGUGGGCGGAGUGGUGCUUCACGCGACCUGGGAGAACCAGAGCAAUGGCAAAGAAGGUGCUCGAGACCAAGAUGCCAGACGGCGGGAAACAGGCUUGGAUGUCGUCCACCGAGUCCUUGACUGGCGAGGGGCUGCAGCAGAGUCGAAAGAGAAAGGAAGCGAAGAUGAUUCUGGUACAGAUGUCAAACUGUACUCCGGAAAACACCUGGACUAUUCGGAUUUCAAGCCAGAGACUGCGUCAGCUCUCACCGAGUUCACCGAUGCCGUGGUGCGGGACUAUGUCAAAUGGUGGUAUUCACCCAUACUCCCUACUGAACUAUCAUUUCCCAACGCUGCCCGUCAGACCUUGACUGCAUUCAUCCUCUCCCUUUCGUCACACUUGUCCCGGAAGAGGCCAGCGGACACUUUACUCGACUUUGUCACACAUUCGUCCUCAAUCUUGAUUGUAUUCUUCACUGAACUUUCAACCGCCUUGGCAGCGUCACCAAGUACGGCUCCUUCUGACGCCAUCAAUACAUACCUACAAAUGAAGCCGGACAGUAAUCUUGCAAGUGUCCUGAACCCGAAGCAUCAGGCCACUAAGUUGGAUUUAGUUGCAGAAGAUAUUCUGCAGAACUAUCUUGAACCGAAGACAUAUAACUGCCAACCGGCGCGUAUAUUUCUACGAGAAAUACUUGCCAAAGUUAUCCUUGAGAUGACCGUAGCGAGUUGCUCCAAACCGGAAUGGAUUAAUGGGUGGAUUGUAUAUUUGCUUGAAGAGGGGGAACCGGAAUUGCUGAAUGCUAUAGACGCUGGCGUCGAGGGUUCAUCGGGCGAUCGAUUACAAAACGUCACGAAUCAAAUAAAGCAGCAUGAGCAUAUUGUAAAGUCGGAGGGGACCGAUGAAGAGCGCAGGAACAAUGCUCAUCACAAAAGAGUGGUGAGCAAGGCGCAGGAGGCAAUGGACGAAGCGAUGAGAGAGGCUCAAAGACUGACUGAACUCAUCGCUGAAGAGGAUGCUAAAAGACUCCGUAAUCAGAAACAGCACGCAUCCACUAAUAGCAUAAAUGACGACGUAUCCGAAAGCACGACCCAAGGAAUUGCAACUCCUACUUCAUCUCAAAGCGACGCCGCCAACGAUCACGAUAAUGAAGGGACGACAUCGGGUAAUGCUUCGAUGGAGACAUCUCGAUCUAUGCCCUCAGAAGCGCCAUCAUCACCUCAGAAGACAGCUUUCACGAGCUUCGAUCAAAUUGUUCCUAAUCAACCGCCUACCGCAUUAUUAGCAAACCCCCCAGAGAAGCCGCCACCUUUAACGCUUUAUAAUGCCAACCUCGUGAUAUUCGAUGACUCCAUGCCCGGGGAUAAAGCCAUAAUACGGACGAAACCCAACCCGGAAUACCUGAUACAGAUCGAACCGUCUUCCUCUCAUCAUCCUGGCUGGAUGAUAGCGAGGAAAUUCGCCGAUUUCGAAACACUGCAUGAAAUUUUGCGGCGGAUUGCCACCAUCUCUGGCGUGCCUGGGUUUACUGAAGCUCAUCCUACGCUACCAAUGUGGAAAGGGCACACCAAGGCGUCCUUCCGUGGUGAGCUAGAGAGAUAUCUGAAUGACGCAGUACGCUUCAAACCGCUAGCUGAGAGUGAGGGCAUGAAAAGAUUCCUUGAAAAAGAUACCGGUCUCAAUCGGUCCCCAGGCGCAACUGAUAAGGGCGGCUUUCCUGGUAUUGGGUGGCCAACACCAGCUGCCUUUGAGACCAUGGGCAAGGGUAUGUUUGACAUUCUCACUAAAGCACCCAAAGAGGUCGCUGGUGGUGGCAAAGCUCUUUUCGGUGGAGUCACGGGCGUCUUGGGAAAUGUGGGAUCCCAAUUAGGGCCUAAGAAAAGCAAUUCCGUGCAAAGCACUAGCAGCCUAAAUCGCUCGACGACUGCCUCUCCAGCUACAAAGCAUACUCGGGCUGAGAGCACCGUCUCUGAACUGCCGACGCACAUCAGAACGGAGAGCUCUGUAUCCUUAUUUCCUUCCAAUUCGAGACGCGCAAGUCAGGAUAGCCUCCGCGGUUCUCCGAUCGUGGAUACGCAACCUUCUCUAGUUCCCCAAAUGGAAAGGAGACCAAGUUACAAUCCAGAGCGCCGGCCAAGCUCGUCAUCCUACGAGCGAAGCCGAAACAAUAGUCGGGCACCAUCGCUAAGAGAGAGCAUGGAGUUCUCGCCAAUCCAUGGCGGAGACCAAAUCCUGACCCUCCCACCACCCCCAACAGACAUGCCCGAUGACUAUGGCUCACCAACAUCCUACGGCCCUCCUCUCCCAUCCCGAAAACUCUACCCUGAAAACGAAUCCAUCCACUCCCAUCACCCCUCCCGUACAUCCAACACAAGCCUCCCCCUCCCCACCGACGCACCCACCCUACCCGCCCGCCGCCUCUCAACCGCCUCCACCACCUCUACCGCCCCUCCGAAAUCCGCUCGCGCCUCUACUACCAAACCCCCGAAAACCUUCCCACCCUUCACGGAGCAAGAAACCCAAGUCACCAUCGAGCUCCUCUUCGCUGUCAUCAACGAACUCUACACCCUCUCCUCUGCCUGGCAAAUCCGGCGCACCCUCCUCAACGCCGCGAAAACUUUCCUCCUGCGCCCGGGAAACCCGCAACUCGACUCCAUCCGCCAACUCCUCCAGUCCACCGUCAUCGACGAAAACACGUCGGAUGCCGGCGUGGCGUUCCAUAUCCGCAAGAUUCGCGCGAAUGGGCUGCCCACGGAAGCGGAAUUGAAGACUUGGCCGAAGGAGAUGAGCGUGGAGGAGAAGGAGAGGUUGAGGGAGAAGGCGAGGAAGUUGUUGGUGGAGAGGGGCAUGCCACAGGCGCUGACGAGCGUGAUGGGGCAGGCGGCGAGUGGGGAGGCGUUGGGGAGGGUGUUUGAUUGCUUGCAGGUUGAGGCGGUGGCGAGGGGGGUCAUUUUUGGGCUGUUGUUGCAGGGGAUGAGGGCGGUGGUGCAGUGA